AUGCUAUGGGUAAAAAGAGAAUCGCCACAUGUUCCUCGCCUCAUAGAUGCAACGGACAGCAGUAACUCGGCUGCUACAGCACAGAGCAGCGAUUCGGGUGAUAGCUCGACGCUUGCCACAAACCCCCAUGAUAACAAUCCAGCGUCCCCUCCACCAACCCUGACCGCCUCGACGCCCACGAGCUCGAACCCGACUCUUCCAAAGCAUAUAAUUCCGCAGCAAGUUGUUCCCCAGCAAGCCGAUCGCACGCCCCGUCCCGCAGCCCCUCGCCGGGCACGACGGCACCGGGCGUCGGUGCACGAUGUUCCUCCACAAGCAGCGCGGGAUCGAAUCGCAUCUGCGCCAAAGCAUCUGGGAAGGAAGAGGCAAGGCGCCCGAGUCAGUCAGCGGCAGCGAUGGCAGCCGUGA